GCCUUACAUAUUCCAUUUCUGGCCUUGCAACACCUCCCUCUUAUACCGGACAUUCUUGCUUCAGUCGUCUGUCUUUCUCUUCUGCUUCCUCUUGCGUUUUAUUUCUUAUUUACCUGUCGUAAACCGGCCAUAAACAAACAACCACAGCAUCCUUACAACACUUUCUUACAUCAUGGCCCAAAUACGCGGUACUGCGGGCUACAACCUCGGCCACCAGAGUCCCUUUGCGAACCCGGGCAGACAAGACGCUACGAGCGACCCCAGUCCAUUGGAGACUAUUCGUGAGCAAACCAGCAAGAUUGAGGACUGGUUGGAUACGCUGUCUGAUCCUAUUAAACCAUAUAUUCCUGCAAUUGGCCGAUUUCUCAUCGUCGUUACCUUCCUCGAAGAUUCACUCCGUAUUAUCACGCAAUGGAACGAUCAACUCAUGUUCCUCCGGGAUUACCGACACAUCCCCUGGGGUAUCACGCAUCUUUUCCUAGUUGCCAAUGUCGUCGUCAUGCUCGCUGCUUCGGUCAUGGUUAUCGCCCGCAAACACAGUGAAUACGCCGUGGGCGGAUUGUUAGGUGUGGUCGUGACGCAAGCACUCGGAUACGGGCUCCUCUUCGAUCUCAACUUCUUCCUUCGCAACCUCAGCGUUAUCGGCGGUUUGUUGCUGGUCAUUUCUGACUCGUGGGUGCGUAAGAAGUAUAUGCCUGCUGGUCUGCCGCAGCUCGAUGAAAAGGAUCGCAAGAUGUAUGUGCAACUCGCCGGGCGGGUGCUGUUGAUUUUGCUUUUUGUUGGCUUCGUUUUUGCUGGGAAAUGGUCUUUCUGGCGUGUGCUGGUCAGUUUGGUUGGAUUCGUGGCUUGUGUCAUGGUUGUGGUUGGAUUCAAGGCCAAGAUGAGUGCUGUGAUUUUGGUUAUCUUGUUGAGCGUGUUUAACGUGUUAGUCAACAAUUUCUGGACGCUCAAACCUCAUCAUCCUAACAAAGAUUUUGCCAAAUACGACUUUUUCCAGGUCUUAUCCAUUGUUGGUGGUCUCCUUCUCCUCGUCAACAUGGGCCCCGGCCAAUUCAGCGUCGACGAGAAGAAGAAGGUCUAUUGAACAAUACGAAUUCUCCAGCGAAAAAUUCACCCGCAGAAAGAAACGACUUAAAAAAUAUAUGCAGCGAUAAGCACGAAAUGGUAGAUGACAGAUUCAAUCUUUCUUUUUUGACAGAAAAGGUCCCGACUUCGCUUCGUACGAAAACUUUUUCCUUGAUGAAUAUGUUAUUAUGAAUCUAUUUCUUCAAGGAGUGAACCAUAUUUGACAUUUCCAAUUGAAACAAUUCGAGAUUUAUUUCGCUCUCAUGUACGUGGUAAUUGUGGCCGUAUUUGUUUGUUUGUCUUUGAGGAUUGCUUCCCAUGAAGUUAUAUUUACCCCUCGCAGAUUGAAGAUGAAUGUCCUAUCAAUCUGAGAUGUCUUGCCAACUUCCCUGGCAAAAUGUCGGCAUUGGUAUGGUGCGUCGCCAUCGAUGCUCUCAACAGAGAUGAACUCAAGUCUACCGGUUGUAUCAUGUCUCGUAGUAUGAAUGUAUCCAUCUUCAAGAAUUCGAAAAGCAACCCCAUGCAAACUUUGUGUCAUGCCACUGUCUUCUUCGUA